AUGACGACCCACUCCGCCCACGGGAGAAGCAGAGGAGGCAUGACCCACAGCACGGCCGGCAUACAUGAUACCAGCGCCGCGUCCUCUGCACUUUCAAAUCCCUUUUUGCUUAUGGUGGAGCUGCAUGUCAUGAGGUGUUUCAUGUGGGUUAAAUGUGCAGCGAGCUCCUUCCUGCGCACCAUUCCGCAACCGAAACAGCGGGCGAAGAGUGCGCCAAGAGCUAACCCUAGCCUACGUGGGGCAAAGGUCAAACGGAUGCCGCAGAUCGGAGACUUUGGUGCAUUGUCUGAUGGUUUGGAUAAGCUGGGGGAUUUGAACCAGAACUCCCUUUUGCCUAGAGAGAGGCCUUGCAUUGAGCCAAUUACAAUCAAGGGGUUAUCGAUCUUCGAAUCAAAGGCCGGGCUAUAA